UUUACGUUUAUCGUUUUCCCGUCCGUCUUUCAAAGACUCUUUCUUUUCCUUUAUAUGCUACUAGUAGUAAUUGGCUUCCGGAUAACAUUGUUUAAUAAGGAAUCACGGACGUAUGUCUCGGUUCCUGCUCCCCUUCUCGGUAGUCACGUGAAAUCUGAUCUUGCGUUUCACCGAAAUCUACUCGUCCACGCGCGUGUUAUCAGUUCUACGAAGAAGCAAGAAGAGUUUCAAGAAGUGCUCGUCAGUUGAAUUGCUCUCUUCUAGUACCAGUUUUCGUGUUGCUUCUUGUAAUUUGGUCAAUGGGUAUGUGAAUCGCUCAUGUGAAGGGAUUCAUGCUUGGUUUCAUUGCGGACAGGUUUAAGCUGAUCUGGGUUUUAGAUUUUUCAGGCAGUUUGGCCUAAACCCAGAUCCCAAAAUCUUGUGUGCCUCAUGGGUUUCUUGAAUUUGAUGCUGUUAUGUGGUUAGAUUGAAUCCAUGACCAUAUGAAUUUUGUUGAUGUUCGUACACUUAAAAAAAAAACUUGGGGAGAAGUUUAUGAGAGCAGUAUGAGAUAAAAAGGGUUGAUACCUAAAAGUUUAAGCCUUUAUAAUCUUGGUAGUUAUAAGAAGAGCCUUUGAUUUGAGCCAAAAGAUCUGAAUUUUCUAGUAUGGGUGGUAAUUCUAAAACCAUAGUGUGGUUCAGGAGGGAUCUGAGAGUAGAGGAUAAUCCUGCUUUAGCUGCUGCUGCUAGGGAUGGGUCUGUGUUUCCUGUGUAUAUAUGGUGCCCAAAAGAAGAAGGGCAAUUCUACCCCGGUCGAGUUUCGAGGUGGUGGCUUAAGCAAUCUCUUGCCUAUUUGGAGAAGUCCUUGAGAUCUCUUGGAGCUGAACUUGUGCUGAUUGAAGCCCAGAGUACUCUUUCUGCUCUUUUGGAUUGCGUCGAUGCUACCGGGGCGACAAAAGUAGUGUAUAACCAUCUUUAUGAUCCUGUUUCACUUGUUCGUGAUCACAAAAUCAAACAAACGCUGGUUGAACUUGGCAUAUCUGUGCAGAGCUACAAUGGUGAUUUGUUGUACGAACCAUGGGAAAUAUAUGAUGAUGAAGGCAAUGCUUUUACGACCUUUGAUGCAUAUUGGAACAAGUGCCUGGAAAUGCAACUGGAACCAGUUUCACAUCUUCCUCCAUGGCAGUUAGUGCCAGCUGCAGGAGCAGUUCAAAAUUGUUCAAUUGAGGAUUUAGGUCUUGAAAAAGAAUCAGAAAAAUCAAGUAAUGCUUUGUUAGGAAGAGGAUGGUCUCCAGGUUGGAGCAAUGCUGACAAGGCUCUAAGUGAAUUUGUUGAACAUCAUUUGCUUGACUACUCCAAAGAUAGGCUAAAGGUUUGGGGAAGCUCCACCUCACUUUUAUCUCCUUAUCUUCAUUUUGGGGAAUUAAGUGUGAGGAAAGUUUUCCAUUGCGUGCGACUGAAGCAGAUACUCUGGUUGAGAGAAGAGAAUACUGCUGGAAAAGAAAGUGCGGUUCUUUUCCUUAGGUCCAUUGGGCUUAGAGAAUAUUCUCGGUACAUUUGUUUCAACUUUCCAUUUACUCAUGAAAGAUCGUUGUUAAGUAGCCUGAAACAUUUCCCUUGGCGUGCGGACCAUGCCCUUUUCAAGAUUUGGAGACAGGGUCGGACUGGUUACCCUUUGGUUGAUGCGGGAAUGAGAGAACUUUGGGCAACCGGGUGGAUUCACAAUAAGAUAAGAGUGACUGUUUCGAGUUUCUGUGUUAAGUUUCUACUUCUUCCGUGGCAAUGGGGAAUGAAGUACUUCUGGGACACGCUUUUGGACGCAGAUUUGGAAAGUGAUAUUCUUGGCUGGCAAUACAUCUCAGGGAGUUUGCCAGAUGGGCAUGAGCUGGAGUGUUUAGAUAGCCCACAGGUUCAAGGCUUUAAUUGUGAUCAAGAGGGAGAAUACGUGAGGCACUGGUUGCCUGAGCUAGCAAGAGUUCCAAACGAGUGGAUCCAUCAUCCUUGGGAUGCACCCCUUACCGUUCUUAAAUCAGCUGGGGUUGAACUAGGAUUAAACUAUCCAAACCCUAUUGUGGAUAUAGAAUCAGCAAGAGAUCGGUUGACUGACGCUAUCAGCAUCAUGCGGGAAAUUGAACUGGCCUCUCGGGUGAAGAACUCAAAUGGGACAAACGAAGAAGUUGUUGAUAACGCUGACAGUAUGGAAGCUUUGGAUAUUCCAAAGGUGGUUUUGAAGGGAAGAACUUUUUGCCCCACGAGUUCAUCUAAUGAUCAGAAGGUGCCCUCAGUGCAAAAUUUGAAGAAUGAAUUGCUCAAUAGAAAGAGACCAAAGUACAAUGACGACGAAAUAGUAUUACAAAAUGAGUUGCCAAAUUGCGAGGAUAUGGUGGGAAAAUCAAUUUUGGAUGAUGACUUGAGCUCUACAGCUGAGUCCUCUUCGGCUAAGAAGCAGGCAACUACCAGCAUAAAUUCGUUCUCUGUACCAUCUUCUUCCGCAUCACCAAAAGGCACCAUGGAACAGAGUUCAAGCAAAUAUGGUGAGUUUCUUUUUUUUUUUUAUCGAAAAUAUGCUUGAGUUAUCUACCAUCCUUUUGAAAUUGAAAACCUGCAUGUUCUUGUGAUAUUGAUUUUCUUUUAGCAUAUGCUCUAAAUACUACGAUCUUAUUGGUUUCCUGGCUACUGUGCAUAAUGAACCCAUUCAUUCCUUGUAAAAAGUAGUGAAAAUGGAAAACAGGAAAGCAGAAAGAAAGGAAAAAGUUGGCAGAAAAUCGAAGUUAACAAAUGAUGCAAUCUUUUGUUUUCAAAUUAUUUAUAAGGUGCUUUGAAUUAAAAGGUGCCUAGGGGAUGAUAUCAUAUAUGGCAAGCAUAUAUUAUGGAGCAGAAAAAACGUCUACACAUAAAUUUCCCUCUCAGUACAGGAAGUUGUUGAUGCUAGGAUUGAACUUUGUUCAUGUGCACGCAAGUAUGUCGAAUUGCCUUGGCAAUAUCAGUCAAAUGGUUGAUGUUAAAUGUUUUUAUAAACCUGUACUGAACAACAAAAGUUAUGCAUGUUGAUAGUUUUACAAUGUUUAUCCCGUUAAGGAAGGUUUGGAAUUGGUCAGUUGGGCUGUUCAGCUUUGUUUGGUAAGUAGCCGAGUUGUGUUUUUCCCUUGAGAGGGAUAGACGUUGGGGGAGGGUGGGGUUGGCCUGCCAUUAGGUGAGUAAGACGCUCAACCACAUAGAAAAGAAAAAUCCUCCGUAUCCAAAAGUUUUUCCCUUGUCCAUAUCCUGCAAACGAAGAACUUCUUUUAUCAAUUGCCUGCUAAUGAACUAAACAGUUCUCUUUUCCAAGAUUCCAAAGGCCCUAGAAGAAAUAUAUACUCUCCAAAUAAUUGAAGCCCUCCACAAUGGUUAAAGCAGUUGACCCUAUCUUCAUGACAAGAAUGGAUAUGCAAGGAAGUAUACUUUUAGCUGGAAAAAAUUUACUGUGUAAAAGAUUAAUAAACAUCUUUAACAAGAUAGGUGUGGGAGCUAGGCAUCUUUAAUUGGUAUAGCCAGGGGGGUUUAGCUUUGCCAUGACGUAAUGUGGGGCAGUUGUUUUGAAGGAGUGGUUUUCCCACCUCUUUCAGGUAGCCGUUGUGUUGAUACAAAAGGCUUCUCCUACAUGGGUUGGUGUGUCAUCCUCAGAUGGAGUGGUUUUGAGCGCAUUUUGCAUUUGGGAUUUGUAGUGAUGGGAGUUAGUAAUUGGUGCAACAGAUGAUUUUAUGAGUCUUCAAAGCUCUGUUGAGGUUCAUGGGGAGAUCGAGUAUGUUUGCAUGGUGUCCAAGAAUGGCCAAUCUCCGUUAGAUUGUUCAAAAGGAGCUCACUCGAUUGGGGGAAUUCUCUUUUUCCUCAAAAAGUUCUAUGUUGUGGAUGAAAGUUCGUUACAUGAUAGCAUUCUUUGUGUAGGUGGCAACCCAGUCUGAACAAGAGGCCAUCACUAGAAACAAUCCUUCAUGAAAGAGGGUGGAGGAGAAUGUUUGCCGCCUCCUUCGGUUCCCUUCAGGUUUUGACCAGAAAAAGUGCCAUGGUUUCUAAUGUUAUUCUUGGUUACCAGUUUUAGGCUUUUAGCCAAAUAAGGAAAGUUCAUCCAGACCACGACCAUGCGUUAAUUCAUUUUUUGGAAUUGGCCUAUGAACCGAAUCUCAUUUGUCCAUCCACAAGGAUGUUAGAACAUUGAGAAAACAAGUAAAUGACUCGAGUUUACACCUCGAAGAAACCUUAUUGUUUUCUAUCCAUCCGGAAUGAUCUAUAGUUCACGUAUGUACCCAUAUGCAAAUGAAUGGUUAACAAGGCUACUUCUGAAAAAUGAGUGUGGUAUACUUUACACACUGGACUCUCUUUUAUGAUGUUGAAGAACAAAACAUUAUAUAUAUAUAUAUAUAUAUAUAUAUAUAUAUAUAUAUAUAUAUGCGACGAUUGUCUCUUAUCUUUUUUCUUUCUUUCUUAUCCUUCAGUUUCUUUUUUCCUUUUCCAUUAAUGUUUUUCGACUUCGUUGCAGGAGAUUAGGAGGUUGAUGUCUCCUCAUUCCAUAACUACUUGUUCAUAAAGAAAGAGAGGAUCGUUCAGUAGCAAAAAUGCAGCUGAGAGUAUUGUAUAUACUUUGUAUGAUUAGAAUGUGCUUAGCUGACAGUAUUGUGCUUUUGUAUGACUAGAAUAUUGUGUUGUGCUAUAAUUACUUGUCAAUGAAAAUGUUUUGUUUUGCAA